GCAAUGCUCUCUGAGCAAAUAUAAAGAAAGAAUUAAAGAGGUGUAGCGCAAUCACCGACUAUAAUUAUUCGUUUUUCGUGAUUCGUGAAAGGUGAAGUAUAAAUAUCAAAGGAAGUUAAUAACGUCUAAAAAUGACAGUAACUGAGGAAUAUUUCGACGCAAUAGCCACCGGUGAUAUCAACAAAUUAGAACAACUCUUAAAACAUUCCAACAGUUUAGGCCUGGAUGUUAACUUCACAGAUAGUAAUGGUUUAAAUGCAUAUGCUGUUGCCAUCAAUGAAGGACUUGAAGUACUCGUUAAAAUUUUACUGGCAUAUAAAGUUGAACUGAAAGACGCUCUUCUUUUUGCGGUUGAGAACCAGAUGUCGGAUGUUGUUGAGGUUAUUUGCAGUUCUGUACGUCAUCUUCCACUUGAGGAACGAAUGCCAAUUGUAGACUGUCGCUGUGUCAGUGAUAUUUUCCCCGCCUAUUUGACUCCAAUUAUUUUGGCUUCUCAUAAUAACGAUUUCAAAAUCGUACAGAUUCUUUACGAUAACACAGCCAGAGUGCCAGACCCAGAAAAUGAUUCGGAAAGACUGACUGCGCCAUCAGGGACACUCGAGCGUUCAACUGAAAUGCUGAGUAUGUACACUGCCCUGGCAAGCGAGGCUUACCUGUCUGUCAGCAGCAUCAACCCCAUCGAAUUUGCGUUUGUGCUAACGCUAAAACUGCGAGACUUGAGUAAUUGCGUUGAGGAGUUUAAAAACGACUUCUCCCGGCUUGCUGCACAGGUUGAUGAAUAUGCAGGCAAAUUACUGGGGAAGGCGCGCAGUACUGAAGAG